CGCAAGAUGCUCAUCAUUCUCAUGGUCUGCUUCUUCCUGAUGUCUGCGAGGCAUUUUAGUGAUGGAGCAUCAGAUACGAAGGCGUACCUAAAGGUCAUCAGCAGCUUCCCAUCUGGCAUGAAUAACUGUCUUCUCCAAACCCUCCCACUGAACUCUGCUCCCCGCAAAGAUAUUAGAUGCGCCAAUUUCUGCUUACGGAACGUAAACUGCCGUCUGUUCUGCAUCAAAGGCGAUGAAUGCACCCUCUUCAAGACCUGGGUGACCGGCGAAUACAUUGGCGCUGCCCAGGAUUCCUUCGGCUUUACCUCAUGUUACACGUCGUGGUUUUAUUCUAAGAACCUGGCACCUCGAGCAGUGGUUACGAUGCCGACGUUCUAUUCGGUGAAUCACGCUGAAUCUCAGGCCACCAAUGGAUAUUUCUGCUACGUAUACGAUUCAUGCAGCAUCACGGGUGUUAUGGCUAAUCCUUACUGGAAGGCUGACGUCCAGAAAACGUAUCUCGUCUCAACCGUCAUCGUUAAACCCAGGGAAGACAGCAUUAACUUCGAUAACGUCGAGAUACGCUUUGGAAAUUCGCCCACCAUCAGCCAGAAUCCAAUAUUUGGCACCCACGUGGGUGCCACACCUCCUGCCGGCACUGUCCUCACUUUCAAGCCCACCAAACCCAUGGAAGGAAGGUACCUCUCUUUCCAGACAUUAGCGGCCAGUGCUGCCCUCUCGGUCUGCGAAGUGCAGAUCAUCGAGGCUUAGUAGAUGCAAGAAUACCAUUGUAUUCUGCAUAGGGUG